GUGCCUUCAUCAUUUUCUGUCUGGAAGACAGAUUCAGAGAGGAAGCUCAGAGCAACAGUUCAAGACAGGCAUUUCCUAUAGCCAAGUGGAUAAGAGCAGCCUACAGCCAUGGGACAAGGCCUGGGGAUCAAGAGCUGCGACUUCCAGGCAGCAAGAAACAAUGUAGAGCACCACACCAAUGACAUCAGCUCCCAGCGCCUCAUUGUGAGGAGGGGGCAGCCCUUCACCAUCAGCCUGAACUUCUGGGCUCCAAUCCGCACAUUUUUGCAUACCCUGAAGAAGGUAGUCCUCAUUGCACAAACUGGAGAGCAGCCUUCCAAGGCCAACCAGACCCAAGCCACGUUCUCAAUUUCCAGUCUUGGGGACCGGAAGUGGUGGAGUGCAAUGGUGGAGGAGAGAGAUGACCAGUCCUGGACUAUCUCUGUGACCACACCUGCAGAUGCUGUCAUUGGCCACUACUCACUCCUGCUGCAGGUUUCAGGCAGGAAGCAAUGCCUGGGCCAGUUCACGCUGCUCUUUAACCCCUGGGGUCGAGAGGAUGCUGUGUUCCUGGCGAAUGAAGCUCAACGCAGGGAGUACUUGCUGAACCAGAACGGCCUCAUCUUCCUGGGCACAGCUGACUGCAUCCAGGCUGAGCCCUGGGACUUUGGCCAGUUCGAGGAGGAUGUCAUCGACCUCAGCCUGGACUUACUGAGUGUGGACAAGCGGGUGGAGAAGUGGGGCAACCCCGUGCAUGUGGCCCGUGUCUUGGGUGCAUUGCUGCACGCCCUCAAGGAGAAGAGUGUCCUGCCCACCCCGCAGAUCCAGACCACCGAAGAAAAGGCCUUGCUGAACAAGCGCCGGGGCAGCGCGCCCAUCCUGCGGCAGUGGGUCAAGGGCCAGGGGAGGCCCGUGUAUGAUGGUCAGGCCUGGGUGUUGGCCGCUGUUGCUUGCACAGUGCUGCGAGGCCUGGGAAUCCCUGCCCGCGUCGUUACCACGUUCACCUCAGCCCAGGGCACUGGCGGAGGCCUGCUCGUAGAUGAGUACUACAGUGAGGAGGGGCUUCAGAAUGGAGAAGGCCACAGAGGCAGAAUCUGGAUCUUCCAGACUUCCACGGAGUGCUGGAUGGCUCGGCCUGCUCUGCCCCAGGGUUAUGACGGAUGGCAGAUUCUGUACCCAAGUGCCCCUAAUGGAGGUGGAGUCCUGGAGGCCUGUGAUCUGGUCCCAGUCAAAGCAGUCAAGGAGGGGACGCUGGGGCUGACCCCUGCAGUAUCAGACAUUUUUGCCUCGAUAAAUGCCUCAUGUGUGGUCUGGAAGUGCCAUGAGGAUGGGACACUGGAGCUGACCGACUCCAACACUAAGUAUGUUGGCAACAACAUCAGCACCAAGGGUGUGGACUGUGACCGCUGUGAGGACAUCACGCAGAACUACAAGUAUCCUGAAGGAUCUCUUCAAGAAAAAGAGGUGCUGGAGAAGGUCCAGGAAAACAGAAUGAAACAUGGGAAAGACGAUGGCAUCCAUCCUCCCAGUCUCGAGACUGAUGAUCCUUUACAUUUCUUCUUGGAAGCACCCAGCUCCCUAGCCCUGGGAGGGGACGCCCGGUUCUCUGUGAACUUGUUAAACCCUAGUGACCAUGAUAAAGAGGUGCAGCUGGCUGUUGGGCUGCAGGCAGUGUACUACAAUGGUGUCCUUGCUGCCAAGCUCUGGACGAAGAAGCUUGUCCUUAAACUCAGGGCCAACUCAGCUGAGAAAAUCUCCACCUUCCUGUCCUUCUCCAAUUUUAAACAAAACCCGCCAGAGAAUAGUUUCCUCAGACUCACCGCUAUGGCAACACACUCCAGCCCUACCUGCUUUGCUCAGCAAGACAUCGCCAUUUGCAGACCACACCUUGCCAUCGAGAUGCCAGAGACAGCAGAGCAACAUCAGCCCCUUACAGCCUCAGUCAGCAUCCAUAACUCCUUAGAUGCUCCCUUGAAGGGCUGUGUGAUCUCCAUCUUCGGAAGGGGACUCAUUCACAGAGAGAAGAGCUACAGAUUAAGUUCGGUGCAGUCCAGAAACACCUUGCGCACCCAACUCGAGUUCACACCAAUGCAGGUGGGGCUCCAGAGGCUCACUGUGGAAAUGGACUGCAACAUGUUCCAGAACCUAACCAACUUCAGAAGUGUCACUGUGGUACCCCCUGAAACUCCAGCUUAA